GAGAACAACCACAAAAGAUCCUCUUCCUCUCGCCGGGGGGUUAGGGUAAUGGCACAGUUUGAUGCAUCAGACGGCAGCCUGAGUGAGCGUGCUGAUAACAACAGCGGGGCAGCCAGAACCAAACGGACCAAGCGGGCUUGUGUUGCAUUUAUGGGACAUAAAAAAAUCAGGAAACAGCUCUUUUGCUCCACAAGGGCCAACAGCCCGCCCCGCUGAUGAGGUCCUGAGCAGCCGUCACAGAGGAGUGAGCUAACUCCUAACCCCUAACCCCUUCGGGAUUGGUUUCUCCCUGACGUGUCUCGGCGAUCAGUCAAAACUGUUUCUCCAACGCUUGCAGCAAAAACUUAGACUGUUUUCCAAAGCGGAGGCGGCCCAGCCCCCCCAGGCGGAAGCGAUGGGGAGCGUGCGAAGCCACCGCUACAGCAUCGUGUCCUCCGAAGAGGACGGCGUGAAGCUGGCCAACAUGGCCGUGCCCAACGGCUACGGCAACGGCGAAGUCAAUAAGACGGAUCAGCAACGCCAGAGCCGUUUCGUGCGCAAGGACGGCCACUGCAACGUGCACUUUAUCAAUAUGAGCGAAAAGGGCCAGCGCUACUUGGCGGAUAUCUUCACCACUUGUGUGGACAUCCGCUGGCGUUGGAUGCUGCUCAUCUUCUGCCUUUCCUUCCUACUCUCCUGGCUCCUGUUCGGCCUGGUCUUCUGGCUAGUGGCGCUCUCCUACGGCGACCUAGAGGCCGAGACGCAACUGUGCGUCUCCAACGUGGACAGCUUCACCGCCGCCUUCCUGUUCUCCGUGGAAACCCAGACCACCAUCGGCUACGGCUACCGCUACGUGACCGAGGACUGCCCCGUCGCAGUCUUCAUGGUGGUCUUCCAAAGCAUCGUGGGAUGCAUCAUCGACGCUUUCAUUAUCGGUGCGGUCAUGGCUAAAAUGGCCAAGCCGAAAAAACGCAACGAAACCUUAGUGUUCAGCCACUACGCCACCGUGGCGGUGAGGGACGGCAAGCUGUGUCUCAUGUGGCGCGUGGGGAACCUGCGCAAGAGCCACUUGGUUGAAGCCCACGUCAGAGCGCAGCUCCUCAAGUCCCGGACGACGGCGGAGGGCGAGUUCAUCCCUCUGGACCAGGUCGACAUCGACGUGGGUUUCGACAGCGGCAUAGACCGAAUCUUCCUGGUGUCCCCCAUCACCAUCGUUCACGAGAUCGACGAAGACAGCCCCUUCUACGAGAUGAACAAGCGGGAGCUGGAGACAUCAGAGUUUGAGAUCGUAGUCAUCCUGGAGGGCAUGGUGGAGGCCACGGCCAUGACCACACAGUGCCGCAGCUCCUACGUGGCCAGCGAGAUCCUCUGGGGCCACCGUUUCGAACCGGUGCUCUUCGAAGACAAGAACUUCUACAAAGUGGACUACUCGCGCUUCGACAAUACCUACGAGGUGUCCGGCACGCCGCAUUGCAGCGCCCGAGAGCUGGCGGAGAAGACGUCCGAAGCCUCCAGCCCUCGCCCCAGGAACUCUUUUUGUUACGAGAACGAGGUGGCUUUGGAGAAGAUCGAGAUGGAGGAGGAUUUUGAUGAGGCGGACGAGAACGACGCCGUGCCCGACUCAGAGGAUAGGCCAAUCCGUGACGGCGGCAUGGACUCAAAUUCUGACUUUGAACACAAACUGGACUCUUUGCCUUUAGAAUCCAGACCUUUGACUGCCGAAUCGGAACUAUAACCGCACUUUGUGAUAUAAUCAGAUGCUUCUUAUGGACGGGGAAUGGUUGAAAGGUUUCCAAUGUCUCUAUGCAGACUUUGACAGACUUAGCAUCAGGGGAAUGCAACAUUAAAGGGACAGACAACACUUAGUAUGAGUGACUUUCAUGUAGGGUUGGGCAAUAUAAAGAUCGAAAAACUUAAAAUCGAUUUCGGUGAUCAGCCGUGUCAUAGUAAUUUGACGAUAUGGAUACAGUACAGAGGUGGGUUGUAGCGCGUCACAUUUACAUACCUGUCAAUCCGAGGCCGUUGGGAAUCAUACAAAUAGUGACGUAUGCCCAUACAAAUUGGUGACUAAUCUUACAACGUUAUAUAUAGCAUGCAAUAAUUUAUUGGUAAUAUUGUCACAUAUAACCUGGUGCAAUCAAAGAACAGUAUCUUCAGCUACAUCAUGAUUACUAAAAUUUAACAGUGACUUUUGUUAUUUUUGUAUCUAGCACUUUUGGCAAUUUCUAACAUGUCUGAAUGGCUGCACUUCAUGGCACUUCAGCUCGCAAUUCAGUUUGACUUGAAGGUAGUUCAUUAGUGUGUCCAAUUAUAAAUGAAAAAGGUAAACCCAACAGGCUGUUUUAUCUGCUUUGUCAGCAGAUAAAACAUUUGGUGCAACUGGAGAAGAGACUUUUGUGGUCUUGGUCAAUGAAACAACUUUCUUAGCCUGGCAAUUCUAGAACAGCAAGCCUAUCAAUAACCAAAAGGCCUCUCCAUAACUUGUUAACAUAACACUGUAAAAUGCAUUUGCUAACUGCCAUAGAAAGGUUUAUACGUAACUCAGUGAAGGAAAAAUACGGCCUCUAGAACAGUAACAAACAAACAAACAUACUGGCAAAACAGGAGCGGAAACAAACGCACACAUCCCAAUCCGACACCAAAAAUAUUAUUAAAAGGACCGAUAACAUAUAUUGUUAUUGGAUUUAUUGGGAUGACGUCAUAAUUCCUAUUAUCGGACCGAUAAUUAUCGAACCAAUAAUUAUCGUGCACCUCUACUUGGCAAAGUAACUGGUGUUACCUUUUAUGUUUGUUUUUCAUUUAAAAAAAAAAACAAACAAACAGUAACCUUUACUAUGUUUGGAAAUCGUUUAAUGUUGUGAAUCAACUGUUAAAGUUGUUAAAAUUGCUCCCGUUUUUCCAUUAGUUCCCUUCUGUCUACUUUCGACAUGUUAAAGUUUUAAAACUGUUUCAUCAUUUAAAGAUAGAUUCAAGUCAAGAUUUUGCCGAUUUAGGAGUACUUUAGAUAAAAAGUUACUUUAGUUCACAAGGAAGGUUCACUACAACCGAGCCUUUCUGAGAAGUCUACUGCUUCAAAAUGGCGGCUGUUUGUUAACUCCGCUGUGUGUCAUUUCACAUGUAGUUCUAUAGGCAUUUGAUAUCAAGGCGUCAUUCAACCAACGUAGUAACGCAUCGUAACGCACAUUGUCUCGUUGCCGAAACUGUGACAAAAUCCGAACAGAGGAAAAAAAACGUAAUGCACGAAAAAUGUAGAUUUUGAACGUACGGCGUACACAUUUAAAAAUCUGUGCUCACUUGUACAAAUUACGCCGAAACCGUACAACUUGACAGGUAUGCAUUUACUCCGUUACAUUUACUUGAAUAACUUUUUGAGAAAAAUGUACUUCUAUGAGUAGUUUUACUCAGCCAUACUGUUUACUUUUACUUGAGCAGAUUUGUGAAGAAAAAACGCCCACUCUGAAGGCCAAAUUAUAAAGGACACGUCUGCGGAAUGAAUCCGCUAAGCUCCCUGUUGACUGCGUGCUCUGAGGUACGUUAGAAAUAGGAUGAAACACCGUCCUGUUGUGAGUUCUCGCGUGAUCGCGCACGAUAAUGUGGCAUUACAAACAAACACACGGAGUCUGUACUCAACAUACAGUGUAUCACAAAAGUGAGUACACCCCUUGCAUUUCUGCAGAUAUUUAAGUAUAUCUUUUCA